CAAGCGCUGCAGGGUGGUCAUAAUGUUUCAGCCAUCCAUCCAACCAGCAAAUCAAGAUUAAAGAGAUCGUUCAAAACAUUAUAUACCAGCUUCUUUAAUGUGUAAAUACGUGUCAUCACAGCAUUGCAAAUCUCUACUUUAAAAAAAAAACACACAGAAAAGUCACAAAAUAUUUGUUGUUAAAAACAGAACCAUGACUUUAAAAAGUUCCUUUGAAAGCAAGACAAACAGGUUUUACAGAGAUUACACAUCUCUACGCUCAUGUUCAACCACAUGUUGGUGUUAGAUUAAAACGUACUCCCACAGGAGUCAAAUUAAGAUGCAGAUCGACGACUGCCCGCUGAACUAGAGCAGCCACUGGUGAAACAAGUCGCUCAGUUUCACAGUGAAAACACACAGGCUGACCAGGUGAGUGACUUUCCUUCAUCUGUAAACACUGAACUGAUGUGACAACUUAAGAGCAAGCAGGGUGUCGAGUGUCAGGAUCAAAUAAUAUUAAACUUACUACUGGCUAAAUAAAUACUUCUGCAGUCACAUGACAUACACACAUGCUCUCGACAGACGUACACACAUAUUUGACUUCACUUUUGGCACAAGUCUUUCCACAGAUAUUUUACAAGGAGUUUCCAGUCGGUGCUGUGCCACACUUGCAUGAAGGAUUUUGUCUAAGUGGAAGCAUUUCAUGUCUCAUCCCAGCAGUCAAAUGAAUAUUCCCAACACUGUAUAGAUACUGAAGAAACACUUUCAAGUAUCGCUGCAUAUGUUAUUAGUCAAGUCAGAGACAGAGAAGCUACAACCGAGGACCUGAGGCUUUAGCGGUUGGAGUUCAAUACUGAGUAGGAAAGAAAACCCAGGUAGAAAAAGUAGAAAGUUCCAGACGUGUCGAGAUAGCAGGCUGCCCCCGUUGUGAUAGCUUAACAACUGAAUCUCACUUUGGUUGCUGGUCACCACAGUAGAGACUAGACUAGAAAAGACGUGGUAAAACUGCAGUCAGGGAGGGAGAAUCUGUCUGAGGGCGUCGCGAGUGUUCUGGCCCAGUUUGUCCGGGAACUUGACGGAGAAGUCCAGGAUCAUGUCCCCUCUCUUUUCGGGGAACUUGGACAGAGGCAGCCCUUCGCCGGCGAUGCGCUUUUUAGUUCCGGGUUUGACCACGUCUUUGGAGGUGACGGUGAUGGUGCGGCCGUCCAGCGUGGGGGCGUUGACCGUGCAGCCACACAGAGCCUGGACACAGAGCAGAUUGACCCGGGUCAGCAGCCAUCACACACGCUUCACAUCACUGACACUCAAUAGGCCGUUGGACAGCAGCCAUGAGUGUGACUGUUCACAUGAUACUUGUUAUGCACAGUUUCCACAGUUUGUUAAACGACUGUAGUUUCUAUAGUUUCAGAUGAGACAGAUCUUUAAACAAAUUGGAGAAUAACAGCACAACAGCAUCGCCCAGCCCUACCAUACAUUUGUGUAUCAGUUUAUUGUGUACAUUGUCAACACGUCACUAAGCCCUAUUGUACUCUGGCAGAUCCAGACAGACCAGAAAUCUUCAAAGCAGAUCUUGAUUUAAAGAAGGUCACACCUGAUGAAUACUAUCUUCACAGCACACAUGGUGUGGUCCCCUACUGUGUAAGACUCCGCCCACAAUUUUGUAAUAUGGAUUUCCACUUGUGGCAACAAGAAGUGGCUGUUGCAGUUAUGACUAUGACACUAGGAACUGAGGGCCUGAACAGCUGUCAAAGGUCAGAAGAUAAGAGUGAGUGAAGACAUCAUGGGUCACUUACAUCUCUGAGUGAAAUCUUAGCAGGGUAGAUGAUGUCGGAGCCUUCUCUUCGGAACACUGGGUGAGGUUUGUCUUUGACCACGAACACCACGUCUGCAGGAAUGUUAGUUGGAGUUUCGUCCCCUUCCCUGGGGAAGGUGAUUUUGGUCCCCUCUUUCCAGCCCCGCUUGAUGUCCACCGACAGAAUCUUGUCCUCGCUGCGCAUCGUGCACCCGUCUGGGUUCAGUCUCUUCCUGGAGAUCUUCAUCUUCUUGGUGCAGCCGGAGAACACCUCCUCCAGGCUCACCUUCAGCUCGUGCACAACAGGGGGGUCCUUUUGUUUACUGUGCGACCGGUGGUGAGGAUCUGGGUGAGCUUUGAAAGUCCGGGGAAACCCGCCCAUUCCCCCCAUGGCGCCCAUGCCGAACGCUCCGAAGGGGUCGCUCAUGUCCAUGUUGUCAUCCCCGUUUUGGGAGGAGAAGAAGUGGUCGAAGGGGCUGCGGCCUCCGAAGAACUCGGCGAAGAUGGCGUGGGGGUCGCCUUGGAAGGUGUAGUUGUAACUUGGACCGCUGUGUCCGCCACCUCCACCACCAGCUGAGCCUUUCAGUCCUAAAAAUCACAUGGACUGGAUUAGUUUGACACCCCUGGUCUACUAGGUGAAACAGAUCAUUUUUACUGAAAAAAUAAUUGAAAUAAUUUCUGCUUGAACAGCUGUUCCUACAGCACAAAAACAACAAUAUAUACUUAAAAUUACAUAAAUAUAAUGUCAUUUAUAUAAUAAAAAUAAUCGAUUAUACUUCAGCGUGCUUGUUUAAAAUAGAUAUAAACGUCUAUUGGCCCGUAUAAUACUGGAAAAUGCUCCCUAAUUUACACUGUAGCUCAACAUUUGGAUCGAUGUUGCCGGUUUGGCAGGCCGAGCUGGACUGGCCACCAACACCAGACCCGACAUUCCACGCAAGAUCCAGAGGUUUCUAGCGAGUUCCUUCUGACACUCGAGCACGAAUCGCGCUUCGCUUGCUAUAAGACACAGACAAAGAAGUGGGCAGACAUUACCUUCCUCUCCAAAGCGGUCAUAUAUAUCCUUCUUUUUUGCGUCACUGAGAACGUCGUAAGCCUCGGCGACCUCCUUGAAUUUGUCUUCAGCUCCUGGAGACUUGUUCUUGUCGGGGUGGUAGCGCAGGGCCUGCUUUCUGUACGCCUUCUUGAUCUCAUCCUCGGUGGCACCUUUCGCGAUCCCCAGCACCUUGUAGUAAUCCUUACCCAUCACAGCAGCUCGGUUCCUGCGCCCCCUUCACAAACGCAUAACUGCUCCGUGCGAGCUCGAACCGUCCUGGCAGGUAAACACCAGCAGCUGCGGACACCAGUCGGCAGCUAACGGUCAAGGUUAGCUCGCCUUUACUCUCCCGAGCGGAUGUCAGACUGAGACCAAUGUCGAGCUGAACACAGACCAGGACAGACUGUCGCCACGGCUCAGCUACGAGACUUGGAAAAACGCAGGGCGAGAGAUGCGCGCGAGCCAGCGCCAGCCUUAAAAGAGGGAAGAGGAAACUUCUGGAACAGGCUGGUCCGUGUCAUCACGGCCGAGGCGAGAUAGUACACCUCCAACGACUUCCGGGUUCGUUCCUACGGGGACGUCAAUUCGUUUUGUUUUAUUUUGCUGAUAUUUUCUAUAACUAUAAGUCUCUAGUUUGGCAAAUUUAAAGAUGGAAGUCUCGCUAGAAGGGAUACAUUUUCAUCAGCCACUUUUAGGUGGAUUGUUGAGUACGCAUGCGCAGACACUCUCGCUUUGUCAACAUAUGUUCUCAUUGAUGCAAAUCCACGGCUAAUUCUACGGUUUAAAAGUAAUGGCUCUAACGUUCAUAUAUAUUUAUAUAUAUGAACGUUCAAAAGCCAUUCAUACCUUUAAAUAAUUCACCUCAUUGUUUGAUAUGGUGUGCUUACUGACUGCAAUAAAACGUAAUAACUCAGAAGAAAAGUGCAAUAUUUUGAUCCAUUAUUUUUAAUCCAUAGAAUUAGUCGUGAAUAUAUAUAUAUAUAGUAGUGCUGUCAGUCGAUUACAAAAAAAUUAAUCGAAUUAAUUACAGGAUUUUGUAAUUAAUUAAUCGAAUUAAUCACAUUUUCAUGUCAUGUCUGCUAAAGGUCUCCUAAUAAAGAAUUUGAGUUCUAGGAUAUUAAAAAAUUGUAAGAAGAGAAGAUUUGAAAUCCAUUUUUUUAUUGGUGAACUGUGCUUCAUAAAUGAAACCCAAAAGCAAAGGUCAAGCACAUCCGCAAACCAGUUGAGGUCAGGUGCAUUAUUCAAAAAUGUAAAACAAAUACAGCAAUACAGUGAAAUAAAUAAAAUAAGACUGUUUUCAAAAAUGUAAUACAAAUACAGCAAUGCAGUGAAAUAAAGAAAACAAAGCUGUCUUCAAAAAUGUAAAACAAAUACGACUGUUUUCAAAAAUGCAAUGCAAAUACAGCGUUUCAGUUAAAUGAAUAAAAUUCAGAAAUAAAAUAAGGCUGUCUCAAAUCGGCACUUAGGCUCAAUAUAGCAAUUCAAAAAUGAAUAAUAUGCCUCUACGGGUCCUUCAAUGGGCCAAAAUUCAAAUGCGCAAGCAUUGGCUCAUAUUUAAUUACAUUAAAUUUUUUAACGCGUUAAAUUGCGGCAUAGUUAAUUAAUCAAAUUAACACGUUAAAAUGACAGCACUUAUAUAUAUAUAUAUCAACGUUAGAUCCAUUAUUUUUAAUCCAUAGAAUUUGUUGAUAUUUUGUUGACAUUUUUUCGAAGUAUAAGUCUCCAUUUUGGCAAAUUUAAGUGGCAAAUUUAAGGAUGGAAGUCUCGCUAGAAGGGAUACAUUUUCAUCAGCCACUUUUAUGUGGAUUGUCGAGUACGCAUGCGCAGAUACUCUCGCUGUAUAAGCAUGGUCAACAUAUGUUAUUGAUGCAUAUCCACGACUAAUUCUACGGGUUAAAAAUAAUGGAUGUGAUGUUUAUAUAUAUAUAUAUAUAUAUAUAUAUAUAUAUAUAUAUAUAGUAGCAAAGAUUAAAAUGUCCACAACUCAUCUGGAAUGGCAGCACAGUAAAAUAUGGGAAGUUGGACGUACGUCUGUGCUUCACAGAGACAACAAGUGUUCCAACUCUAACCCUAGUAAACAAUGCCCGUUUAUAGAUUGCUCAAUAAAUUUUGACCCACAUCUUGUACUGCUUGUUUUCUCAAAAACUCAGUCACACACUCACACCGAUACAGAGCUUAAAAUGAACCUGUAGAGGCAGCGUGCACACAGGAAGAACACAACUCCACACUCAAAAACCACAGGCUUGCUUGAAAGUUACAUUUAGAACCACAACCUUUUUUGCUUGUAAACAAACAAGUGGCAUCCGUUUAACCACUUUUCUGUCUUCGCCUUUAUUCCUGAAGAGAAGUGAGCGAUAAACCCAAAAAUCUUGGACGUUAUAUUCAAACAUAUCUUCACAUUUUUUGCAUAAAACAUGUAAUAUUCAAUCACAAUAAAGAUACAUUCACAACAUAUUGAUAAGGUAACAGAUAAAUGACCAGGUCUUGUCAGCCUCCAACCAAAACCAUGAAAUAAGAUCAUUAAAUCUUGAAAGAAAACUGUGAUAGUACCUCUUGCAUGACCUGUUUCUGCUGCCUAUAAAUAGGACUCAGAAUAUAGAUAUGUUCUUGGCUAUGCCCUCUGAUGAGUGGAUCCUUUUCAAUCUUCUUCUGGUCAGCGUUUUCUUCACUCGCCGCAGCCCUUCAACCACCUUGAUGUAUUCCAGCGAACAUGUCGGCCAUUCAUAAAACCCAUGCCAGGGCAGCACCAAAAUAAACAGUCUUUGUUCUGCAGGUCAGGAAAUAGAAAAGACCGGCCAGCACACAGGUGGUCCGCAGAGGGGGAGGGACGUGUUGGCAUGUGGAUCGGGUUUUUAAUGUUGACUGGAUGCGAAGGGGAGUGAGGCACACGGGAGAUGUGUCUUUGGGUCUAAUGAGAGCCCUGUUGGCCUCUGCCACAGGCCAGAAUGGCUUCCCAAGGUUACCAAGCCAGCGGGUGCAGAGCAAAUCAGGCAACUUAUAUUUAGCCUUCCAAAUGGCGCGCAGUGGAUUAUGUCUUGGGGCGCUCCGGUUUCGUCUUCAGUGUUGCAUGGAGGAGGGCUCAUAAAGAGCCAGAUAUUCAUGUGAGGAGCACUUUCAGCUCACAAAGACCGGCUCUUCCCGCACACUUUUUCUCCCCGGCGUCUCGCCGGCCUCCCGCUCUCCGAUUGGGAAAACUAUUUAUGGUCUCACAUAUUCCUCCCACUCGUCUUCUUCUGGGGGUGAAAGGCUAUUCUGAGAGUGGAGGAAAACACAGAAGAAGACACACUUGUGCCGGACUGACAUUUCUGGGGCGACGUGGGCAGGCGACAGGGUAGUUCAGCUGGAGAUCUGAGGAGCACGCUGUGUCAUGGAUGUGCUGGCGUUAGAGGCCAAGAAUGUGAACGGUGCCGAACCUGAGAAGAAGACUUCAUCCCGGCCGAGACCAAAACCUCCUAAAAAAGCCAAGAGGAUUGUUUACUUUGAGGUGGAAAUAGUGGACCUGAAGACGAAGGAGAAGCUUCUGCUGCUGGACAAAGUGGAGCCGACCUCAACUGUUCUGGACAUUAAAGCUUUAUUUCAUAAAUCCUAUCCAAAGUGGUAUCCAGCCAGACAGUCCCUCCGCUUGGAUCCAAAGGCCAAGUGUCUUCGGGAUGAGGAGGUCCUGCAAACGCUUCCUGUAGGCACCACCGCCAGCUUUUACUUCAGCGACCUGGGACCUCAGCUCACGUGGGGGACUGUGUUCCUGGCCGAGUGCGUCGGCCCGCUACUCCUCUAUCUCCUCUUCUACUUCCGCCUCCCUUUCAUCUACGCUCCCAAAUAUGACUUCACCACCAGCAAGCACUGGGUUGUUCACCUGGCCUGCAUGUGUCACUCCUUCCACUACAUCAAGAGGAUUCUGGAGACGUUGUUUGUCCACCGUAUAUCCCACGGGACCAUGCCCCUGAGAAAUAUAUUCAAGAACUGCGGCUAUUACUGGUGCACAGCUGCCUGGAUGGCCUACUACAUUAACCACCCGCUGUACACCACGCCAAUUUACGGGCAGCAGCAGAUCAACACGGGACUUUAUCUCUUCUUGGUGAGUCAGGUGGUGUUUGGUUUUCAGGCCGGCGCAGGUGUGAUCCCUGUUUGUUUUUUUGUUUUUUUCUCUCCACAGUUCUGCCAAGUUGGAAAUUUCUCAAUCCAUGUCGUGCUGCGGAACAUCAAGUCACAAGGGUCAAAGGUGAAAAAGAUACCGUACCCGACCAAAAACCCUUUCACAUGGAUAUUCUGGCUGGUCUCUUGUCCAAACUAUACGUAUGAGGUUGGCUCCUGGGUGGGCUUCACGGUGAUGACCCAGUGUGUUCCCGUGGCCUUCUUCACCAUCGUGGCCUUCAUCCAGAUGACGGUGUGGGCCAGAGGCAAACACCGCAGCUACUUAAAGGAGUUCAAGGACUACCCCACCCUGCGCUCCUCCAUACUGCCCUUCGUCCUCUAGAGCCGCUCUCCUGCUCGCAGACCACAUCCUUCAUCUCCGGGUCCGACCUUCACUCCCUGUUGUUCAUGGCCGAGCGUCGGCCAUUUGAAAAGUCUUAAUAAAUGUUGUUUGUGAUUUUGAAGGAUGCAAACAUCCUUUGGAUUUUUGGGUUGCUCUCUUUGUAAGUGGCAGCUCAUUUGGGACAGAUUCAGGCUCAUCUAGUCCAGAGUGGUACGCAGCCUGGAGCUGACAACCAUGUGGCACAUUCUCUUUAUGGAUCACGCCCAUCUACAUAAAUCUAAAAAAAAUCUCAGCUGAAAUAAAAAAAGAUGGCCGACCAAACUCAAAAUCUAUAAAAAACAAAUCUAUUCAGGAAACAGCUCAAGCAUGAAAACACAGUGUGCCUUCGUCUGAAAUGAG